CCUAGAGCUAGUAGGGCAAGUGGCAAGUGUAAUUUUUUAUGUUUUUUUCUCCAUUUUAAUAAAUGGAGAAAAUGGUAAUAAUUUACCAUUAAUUAGUUAUUGAAUCAUCAAUUCCGACAUAUGUUGUGUUGCGUUUAUGUUCAUCAGAAACGAGCAAAACAUUACACGAAGAACUGAGUGUUUGUCUCGUAUUCUAUAUUAAAAGUACAAGUUAUUUGUUGUAUUAAGCCUCCUCGUAAUGUCGGUGGAGGCGCGCGUGAAGCAGGAGCCCGAGUGUGAGAGCGAGCAGCCGAUAACGCAACUCGCCGACCAAGUGUGUGUGAACGACGAGCUAGAGUUCAGGGUUGAGGUGUUUUGUGAGAAGGUGGAGCCAUCAAGCGAGCUGUAUGUAGACCACAUUAUCAAGGAUGAGCUCGUGAUUGGGCCGGAGCGGCCGCACCGCCCCACCGUCGGCCUUGUGGUGCAAGAUCGGGCGAUUGGUGACGCUGAUGGCUGCCCACGGGCUUUGGGCGGCCGCGGAGCACAGGUCGCGCUGCGAGACUGCUCCGUGCUGCUCCACCGCCUCCCUGAGCCACCACACACAGGGACCACACACCACGAUACACCUACGGCUACUGACAAAUCUGAUAAACAGGAAACACAACUUGAUUGUGCGAAAACCUGUAACCUUUGUGGCAAGAAGUUUGCAUUAAAGUCUGAUUUAAUGAAACAUAUCAUGAAUCAUGUCCAUCCGUCUACAGAGCCCGAGGGUGAAAUAGAAAAUGAAACAUAUAGCAAUACGUUAACUUGCGACCAAACACAUGGUUGCGAUAUUUGUGGCGAGACAUUCAGUCAGAAGGGGGAGUUAGUGAAACAUGUCGUUAUUCACAUCCACACGCCGGAGGAGGCUUCACACGAUGCGGCUAGCAGCGAGUACGCUAGUUUCCUGUCUCUGGAGGGGGGCGCCACAAGCGACCUCGUGAAACAACCACAAAUUGAACCACAACGAACAAGAAACACGCACACCCUUCAAGUCACGAAUAUUUACAUAUGUGACUUCUGUGGUAGCAUGUUUCAACGAAAACAUAAACUAAUUCACCAUAUUAAGAAGCAUUUUACAUGUGAAACUUUACUAAUCAAUUCAAAUUCUAACAACGACAUAAGAAAAAAUAAAUCUACACAAUCGGGCAGUUUAAAAACAAACGGACAAACCCACACCGGAGACAAGCCUUUUUCCUGCGAAGUGUGUAAAAAGAAAUAUAAAACAUCGAAAUCCUUGAAAAUUCACACACGAAUCCACACGGGUCUAAGGCUUCAAUCGUGCCAUAUAUGUGAAAAGAAGUUUACGCAAUCGGGAAACUUAAAAACACACAUACGAACUCACACACGGGAAACACCUUAUUCCUGCAGAAUAUGUGAAAAGAAUUUUGCACAAUCAAUCCAUUUAACCCGUCACUUAUGGACCCACUCUGGAGAAAAACCUUAUUCUUGCGAAGUAUGUAAAAAGAAGUUUACGCAACCGGGCAAUUUAAAAUCCCAUAUACAAGCCACCCACUCAGAAAACCCUUUUUCUUGCGAAGUGUGUAAAAAGAAGUUUACGCGAUCGAGCAGUUUAAAAUCCCAUAUACAAACCAUCCACACUGGAGAAAGACCUUUUAAAGGAAAACCAUAUUCCUGUGAAAUAUGUAAAAAGCGGUUUGCGGAUAGGAAAGGUAUAAAAACCCACAAACGAAUCCACUCUGGUGAAAAGCCUUUUUCUUGCAGAAUAUGUGAAAAGAAGUUUACACAAUUAGCCCAUUUAACCUGUCACUUACGAACCCACUCUGGAGCAAAACCUUAUUCUUGCAAAGUAUGUAAAAAGAAGUUUACGCAAUCGGGCCAUUUAAAAUCCCAUAUACAAGCCACCCACUCAGAAAACCCUUAUUCUUGCGAAAUAUGUAAAAAGAAGUUUGCGCGAUCGGGCAAUUUAAAAUCUCAUAUACAAACCAUCCACACUGGAGAAAGACCUUAUUCUUGCGAAGUAUGUGAAAAGAAGUUUGUGCGAUUGUACUUUUUAAAAUGCCACAUAAGCACCCACACAGAAAAGGUAUAAAAACCCACAAACGAAUCCACUCUGGUGAAAAGCCUUUUUCUUGCAGAAUAUGUGAAAAGAAGUUUACACAAUUAGCCCAUUUAACCUGUCACUUACGGACCCACUCUGGAGAAAAACCUUAUUCUUGCAAAGUAUGUAAAAAGAAGUUUA